AUGGUACCAAAAACAGAUUUCCCACCUGUCAGAGCUUGCCUCUUCGAUAUGGAUGGCCUACUCAUCAACACUGAAGACAUCUACACAAUCUGCCACAACCUUCUCCUCGCCCGCUAUAACGCCGGACCCGUCCCAUGGUCUAUUAAAUGCAAGCUCCAAGGCCGCCCAGCCCCCGAAUCUAUCGGAAUACUCAUCUCCUGGGCGAACCUCCAGGACAAGAUUAGCGUAGAAGACUAUGCUAAAGAAUUACACAUACUCCAAGAACAAGAAUUUAGGAAAGCGAUUCCGUUGCCAGGCGUAGAGACGCUGUUGAAGGAUUUGCGGGGUAGCAAGGUACAUGUGGCACUCGCGACGAGUAGCCAUAAGGGCCAUUUUGAUAUCAAGACUGGGCAUCUAGAAGAGCUUUUUGAGGUGUUUGAGCCGCAGAAGAGGGUGUUGGGGGAUGAUCCGCGAAUUGGUAAGGGGAGGGGAAAGCCGAAUCCGGAUAUUUAUUUGCUAGCGCUCAAGGCUGUGAACGAGGGACUUGAGCCAGGAGAGGAGCCGAUAAAGCCCGAAGAGUGCUUGGUGUUUGAAGACGGUAUUCCUGGUGUUGUUGCUGGACGGAGAGCAGGUAUGAGAGUGAUCUGGGCACCGCAUCCGGGGCUAGCGAUUGAAUACAAGGGGAGGGAGGCGAACGUGCUGGCUGGGAGGGAAGAGGGGCAGGAGAGUGAUGCUCAUGAGGUGGGAACUGUUGAUGAUGGAUGGGGAGAGCAAUUCGUGAGUCUGGAAAACUUCCCUUAUGCCAAGUACGGCAUUUCUUUGAACGCUUAA